GACCAUCAAGGAGGAGCCGGAGGCUGAGGCUUGCGCCCCUUCCACAAAGCAAGCGGAAGCAGAGGAAUUGGAAGAAGAAGGUGAAGAGGAGGAGGAGGAAGAGGAAGAAGAAGAGGAGGAAGAGGAAGCAGAGGAAGAGGAAGCACAUGAGGAGGAGCACACCACUACCACUGAUGAGCGACAGGAAGGCAGCUCAGCGAAGGCGUCAGCGGCCGAAGCCGAAGCCAAGCAGCGGAAGCAGCGUGAAGCCAAGGAGCAGGAGCUCAGAAUACAGGCUGAGAAAGAACGGGAGGCUCAGGAAAAGCAAAAGCGCGAACGCGAAGAGCGCGAGCGCGCAGCUCGAGAAGCUCAGCAAGCACGGGAACAGGAGGCCAGGGAGCGUGAAGCCAGGGAACUCAAGGAAAGAGAAGAGGCAGAACAGGCAAAAAGGCUGCGCGAAGCUUCCGAAAAGGAAGCGCGAGAUCUGCAAGCCCAGAAGGAAGCGCAAGCACGAGACGCUGAGAAGCAGCAGCGUCGAGCUUCCAGCGACCAGCGACGCGUUAGUCACAGCCGACGAGCGUCAGACGCGCAGGUUAAGAUGGAGAGCUCCAACGCGCAAAGGCCGAGACCGUCUCGAACUGAAGCACAGGCAGCUCCGGCUUGGAGUGCGGAGAAACGAGUCUCCAGCGCAUCCGCCACUAGCAAGGCCCACCCGCGAGCACGAGCAUCUUCAGGGCUCAGCCAGCGAUCCGGAAACGGCGGGCCUGUGCGGCAGGAUCCAGCAGCACUCAGAAGC